AUGACGGAUUUCCAGAGGGCCUCCAGCUCCCUGGAGGAAAUCAAAAACAUAUGCAGCGAACUGCUGAACGCAAGGGAGGAAGAGGUGUUCAAUAAGCUGAGUCUAUAUCAGGAGCUGGAAGAGAAGUUGAAAAAACUAGAACCAAUAAUAACGCGCAUACGUAUUCGUAGGAACGAAAAGGACGAAUCGAAGAAGACCUAUGGAGAAAAGAUGAUUAAAAAUGUUGACACCCUCCUGGAGAGGUAUGAUAUUGUUUACAACAUCUACGAGGAGGAACUAGCCAUUUUUAAAGAGAACUACGAAAUCGAAAAAAAAAAAAUAGUUGCGAAGAAGUUACAACAAGAGCAGCAACGGAAGGAGCAUGAAGCACAGCUACUCAACAGGGGGCGAGAAGAAACCAAAAUGGAGCACUUAAAGAUUCAGAGAAUGAAUGAAGAAAAAAUGAGGUCUCUACAAAAGACACAAGAAGACCAUGCGCAGAGGAUGAAACGUGUGGAAACUAUAAAGGAGAUUAUUCAGGAGAAGUGUAAUUUCCUUUGUGACGAAAUUGCUGCAGCGUGCGAUCGUGCCGCGGCCGUGGAGUACGUGUAUACACAGCUAGGGGUGGAUGCGGGGGAUGCACAAAGCUCUAAUGGAUUCCCUCGCGGCGUUGAUGAGGAGGGCCCAGGUGCGGACAAGCUGCCCAACGUGACCAACCCCGCCAAAACUGUUAACCCCACCAACGAUGCGAAGAGCGCUGUCCACCUCGUGGACUGCCUCUACCUGGUGUACAAGCAAAACGACUUCAAGGCAUUCAAGGAAGCACUCCAAAAUAUCAUCGAAUACCUAACUCACUUGGUGAAAAAUGUCGACGACGAACAAAUGAAGCUCAUCAAUCUCAUGAACCAGCAGUUUCAAAAAAAUAUUCUCUCCAAGAAGGGCACUCUUCUUCUAUUUGUUUUAAUUGGCUACGUGGUGAAAAAGGCGAGCGACGUGAUGCAUAUUCUGAAGAAGCUUAACAGGCCAAUGGAUGAGAAAAACAUUUACAUGUACUUGGAAGAGCCAGACAUUGCUGCUGAUUAUGAGGGGUGGAAGUGUUGGUACGAUGGUCUGCAAAUUUCGCUCGAUGUGUUGUGCUCCUUCUUCCGCUUUGUCAACAAGUACUCCAACCUCCCCGCGGACGAGCAGGUGCAGUCGACUUUUUUGUACUUACGGGGGAAAUUUGGCGAGAAGGAUCACGACGUGGGCAGUGGGACGGCGUAA